AUGCUGCUCUGGUUCCUGCGUGUGUCUCCAAGCGCCGAGGGGCUCCAGCCCCAUCUCUCUCCCCGCAGCGUGGGACAGCGCGGUCCCCCUGCCUUGCCCCUGCCUUCAGCUCAUCGGUGGCCCCGCUCCUCCCCUGCCCGCCUCCUGCCCGCCUCCUGCCCGCUGCCGGUCGCGGGGCGGAGCGGAGCGGAGCGGGACCGAGCUGGCGGAGCGGGGCCAGGCCGGGCUGCGGCUCUUCCCCAGAGCCCUGCAGCCUUUGUCCCUGCCAUGGCACCUGGAAAGCCUGGGAAGAGUGCAGGGGCCUCAGAGGACCCCUCGGUUACACUUUUCCGGGAGUACCUGAGGAUCGACACUGUGCACCCCAAACCUGACUAUGAUGCUGCUGUCCGGUUCCUGGAGCACGUCGGCACUGACUUGGGCUUGGCCUGCCAGAAAGUGGAGGUGUGCCCGGGCCAUGUGGUGCUGGUCCUGACCUGGCAGGGCACGAACCCCCGCCUGCGCUCCGUCCUCCUCAACUCACACACUGACGUUGUGCCUGUCUUCGAGGAACACUGGACCUACCCACCCUUUGAGGCUAUUAAGGAUUCUCAAGGCAACAUCUAUGCCCGUGGUGCCCAGGACAUGAAGUGUGUCUCCAUCCAGUACCUCGAGGCCAUCCGGAGGUUGAAGGCAGAGGGAAAGUGUUUUGCCCGCACCAUCCACCUCACCUUUGUGCCUGAUGAGGAGGUGGGGGGACACAAGGGCAUGGAGAUGUUCGUGCAGCGCCCGGAGUUCAAAGCACUCAACGUGGGCUUCGCCCUGGAUGAGGGCCUGGCCAGCCCCUCUGACACCUUCAGUGUCUUCUAUGGCGAGAAGAGCCCAUGGUGGAUAAAGGUGAAGUGCAUGGGCAGCCCCGGGCACGGAUCCCGCUUCAUCAGCAACACAGCAGCUGAGAAGCUGCACAAAGUCAUCAGCUCCUUCCUGGCCUUCAGGGAGAGUGAGAAGCAGAGGCUCAAGUCCGACUCAAGCCUGACCCUAGGGGACGUCACCUCCCUCAACCUGACCAUGCUGGAGGGGGGCGUCUCCUUCAACGUGGUGCCCUCUGAGAUGGCGGCCGGCUUCGACAUCCGCAUCCCACCCACUGUGGACCUGAAGGCCUUUGAGAAGCAGGUAGCUGCGUGGUGCCGGGAUGCUGGCGAUGGUGUCACCUAUGAGUUUCUCCAGAAAUGCAUGGACCAACACAUCACCUCCACUGAGGAAUCGAACCCAUGGUGGAAAGCCUUCAGUGGAGUCUGCAGGGACAUGAAGCUGCAGCUCAAGCUCGAGAUCUUCCCAGCUGCCACUGACAGCCGCUACAUCCGAGCGGCAGGACACCCUGCUAUCGGCUUCUCGCCCAUGAACCGCACCCCAGUGCUGCUCCAUGACCACAAUGAGUUCCUCAACGAGCAGGUCUUCCUGCGGGGCAUUGAGAUCUACGCCCGCCUCCUGCCCGCCCUGGCAUCGGUGCCCCCGCUGCCCUCCGAGGCCUGAGCACCCUGGCAAGGGGUGGGAUGGGGGGAUGUCAGCAGUGGGACACAGGGCUUUAAGAGGGGGCAUGGCAUGGGCCCAGCAGAUGCCUGCCAGC